AUGGACGCUCACGGAGGACACUACCUGAACAAAGAAGCUGUACUGUCACCUUUGGGGAUAGCUCGCAUGAGCCAGCUGUUUCUGGGCUGCACCAUUAUAGCACUGGUAUCCCACAGUGCAGGAUACAGCGCCUCCUAUGGGACAUUCUGCAUGUUUGUGUGGUGCUUUUGCUUUGCAGUGACUCUGGUGGUGUUCACGUUGGAUAUUACAAGACUUCAUGCUUGUAUGCCGAUUUCCUGGGAUAACUUCACAGUCGCCUUUGCCAUGUUGGCCACACUCAUGUACAUCACUGCCUCUGUGGUCUAUCCGGUCUACUUCAUUGAAGAUGAGUGUGAAGAUGAGAGCUGCGAAAGCCUGUACUACCGUAUAGCAGUGACAGUUUUCUCCAGUAUCUGCUGCUUUCCUUAUGGUGUUGAGGUGUUUCUGACGCGGGCUAAGCCUGGAGCUGUUGUUGGUUACAUGGCCACUGCCUCAGGAUUACUAAAGGUAGUCCAGGCCUUUGUGGCCUGUAUUAUUUUUGGAGCCCUGGCCCAUGACAGCGAGAAGGACCUCUUCUCUGCGCUUCCCCUUUGA